CAGGAUUAAUUGGAAUUCUUCAAAAUGUCAGAUGUAGCCCCCGCAGCCGCUAAGGAACCUACAGAUGAAGUAGAAAAUCAGAUAAAGUCACCUGAUCCAAGGCCUGAUGCUCCUCCUGACUACAAUUCCCAUUUUGUACCAGGACCCCCUGGAGCAUCUGUCCUUCCACCUGCAGGAUAUCCAGGAGGCUUGCCUAUGGGAUACUAUAGUCCACAGCAGCCCAGUACCUUCCCCUUGUGCCAGCCAACUGGUGGUACCCAUCCUAUCCAGUACCAGCCUGGCAAAUACCCAGUGCCAAAUCAGUCUGCUCCAAUAACAUGGAUGCCAGGACCAACUUUUAUGCCGGACUGCCCUCCUGGUCUGGAAUACUUAACCCAGUUGGACAACAUACACGUUCUUCAGCAUUUUGAGCCCCUGGAAAUGAUGACACAUUUUGAAACUAAUAAUAAGUAUGAUAUUAAAAACAACCUGGACCAGAUGGUUUACAUUGUAACUGAAGACACAGACGACUUUACCAGGAAUGCUUAUCGGACACUAAGGCCCUUCGUCCUACGGGUCACUGACUAUAUGGGCCGAGAAAUAAUGACAAUGCAGAGGCCCUUCAGAUGUACCUGCUGUUGCUUCUGUUGUCCCUCCACCAGGCAAGAGCUGGAGGUACAGUGUCCUCCUGGUGUCACCAUUGGCUUUGUAAUGGAACACUGGAACCUGUGCAGAGCUGUUUACAGCAUUCAAAAUGAGAAGAAAGAAAAUGUGAUGGGAGUGCGUGGGCCAUGUUCAACCUAUGGUUGUGGUUCAGAUUCCGUUUUUGAGGUCAAAGCCCUCGAUGGUGUAUCCGACAUAGGCAAUAUUAUUAGGAAGUGGAAUGGUUUGAUGUCAACAAUGGGUGAUGCUGACCACUUUGACAUUCACUUCCCUUUAGACCUGGAUGUGAAGAUGAAAGCCAUGAUUUUUGGAGCUUGCUUCCUCAUUGACUUCAUGUAUUUUGAAAGAUCUCCACCACAACGUUCCUCAAGAUAGAUGGACACAGCAAAUCAGCAAUUAUGGUGUAUGUUUUCCAUGUCUCUUCCUUCAUUCACUAGCAUGAACAAUCAAGAGCUGCCCU